AUGGCCGACGCCUUGUACGACGACCAACCUCCGGCAACGAGCCCCGUGAAGCUCGCCAAGCAGCUCGUAGUCGACACUGCCGCUGCCAUGGCCGCGUCCCUCGGCGUGGCGCCCUUCAUCACCAUCGUGGACCGCGCCAUUAUCGAGAACGCCAGCGGCGCUCGCCCACUGGGCCGCGGCCUCAAGGACCUCAGCGUCGAGUUCCUCACGCACCCGCUGCGCUUCGUGGGCAAGCGGGAGUUCCACCUCAUCUUCGGCCUCUACACAGCCACGUACAUGGCCGCCAACGCCGUGGACUCUGUCUGCGAGUACGUCGAGACGGACAACCAGAUGCCCAAGUUCAUCGGGACCACCGCCGUCAACAUGUCGCUCUGCAUCGCCAAGGACCGCGCCUUUGCGCGCAUGUUUGGCGUCAUUGCGCCCGCAGCGUUCCCGCUGUCGUCCAUCGGUCUCUUUGCCGUGCGCGACUCCAUGACGUGUGCAGCGUCGUUCAACGCGCCCAAAGUGCUGGCCAAGAAGAUCGAGGACAAGGGCGUGAUGGAGACAGCUGGAGCGGCCACGGUUGCGCAGCUCAUUUGCCCGGCCGCCGUGCAGCUCUUGUCCACGCCGCUGCAUCUGCUGGGUCUCGACUUGUACAACAACAAGGGCCACGCCACGACGCAGCGCGUGGGCUUCAUCCAGCGCGAAUACGUAAAGUCUGUUCUCGCUCGAGUGGGCCGCAUUGGACCUGCCUUUGGUAUUGGCGGUGUGGGCAACAGCUACUUUCGCACCUCGCUUCGUGCAAAGCUGGACUAG